AUGACCCACCAAACCCACGCCUAUCAUAUAGUUAAUCCUAGUCCCUGACCAUUAACAGGGGCCCUCUCCGCCUUACUCCUAACGUCUGGCCUAGUAAUAUGAUUUCACUUCAACUCCUCCUUCCUUCUUACACUAGGCCUAACAGCUAAUAUCCUAACAAUAUACCAAUGAUGACGAGACGUCGUGCGAGAAGGUACAUUUCAAGGUCACCACACAUCAAUUGUUCAAAAAGGUUUACGAUAUGGCAUAGUACUAUUUAUUAUUUCAGAAGUAUUCUUCUUUGCCGGAUUUUUCUGAGCAUUCUACCAUUCUAGCUUAGCCCCAACCCCCGAAUUAGGCAGUUGCUGACCUCCAGUAGGAAUCAACCCACUUAAUCCCUUAGAAGUUCCACUAUUAAAUACCUCUGUUCUUUUAGCUUCGGGAGUUUCAAUUACUUGAGCUCACCACAGCCUAAUAGAAGGAGACCGAAAACAUAUAGUCCAAGCACUAUCAAUUACAAUUGCUCUAGGACUUUAUUUUACUCUUCUCCAAGCCUCUGAAUAUUUAGAGACUUCUUUUACAAUCUCAGAUGGAGUAUAUGGCUCAACAUUUUUCAUAGCCACAGGCUUCCACGGCCUUCACGUCAUUAUUGGGUCAACCUUUCUCCUAGUAUGUCUCAUUCGUCAACUAAAUUUUCACUUUACAUCAAGCCAUCAUUUCGGAUUUGAAGCAGCCGCAUGAUACUGACACUUUGUAGACGUAGUAUGACUCUUCCUAUACGUAUCUAUCUAUUGAUGAGGUUCAU